UUUCGAACAGGAUGCUGGAGUAACGUGCAAAUUUCUCGUGUUUGUAUAUAUAAAAAUACUGUGAACAUGAAACGUAAAAAAACAUCAUUGUCCCUUCUCUUCAGAAAAGAUUAUUCUUACGGUGCUUUAGCGUAAAAAAUUGUAGCUAUACUUUUAAUUAUAAUUAUUUUGUCUGUUAAAAGACUGCGACUGACUUCUGCACUGUUAACUACAACUGCACCGAAUGAUGCCAUUUGAUAAAAGAAUGUAUGUAAACAAAGACACAAUUUCUUUCCGAAGCUAAACAAGUGUUCGAGAAGUAUUUAUUUCUUUUUAAAAUGCGGAAGCUCAUCUAAAUAGAUAACAUUGUUACCCUGGAAGAAAGUAAAUCAAAGAAUUAAGAUACCCACAAUGGAUCGCAAACAACCAAGUCUGUGCAUUAUUUAUCGCUUUGUUCUAAUGGCUGUAGUACCAUGUUAUUUAAAUGCUCAGGUACAAGAAGUAUGGAGCAAUGAUUCUGAGGCAUCAAAUAACUCUUACAGCCCGAGCUCUGAACUUUUAUUUAAAAAAGGAACUGAAAAUCUUUCCGUUAAAAAACAUAGUAAAGCAAUAGCAAACACACACCAAGAAUCGCUUUACUUUGCCUCAAAUGGUGGUUUUCAUCAUGAUAAUACAAGUGUGCAUUUGUUUGUGAAAGAUGAUUUGUUUUCCAAUGUAAAUCAAACUGAGAGACAUUCAAACUUGAGCAAACUUCAAGAAAAUACUUUCGAAAGCGCUGUUCAUAAACCCUGUUCAACAAACUGUAUACCAAAAACUCCUCAUGACAAUGUGAUAUAUGAUUUGAAAUAUUCGAAUCUCACCCACAGUGGUAACGGCGUAGAGAUACUGAGAAACAACCAAAGCAUAAGUUCUGUAAAAUUGGCAAGAUAUGUUGCAAAAACGUUUUUUCACGGUCCUUUCAGAGAGCUGCAUCUUAACAGUGAAGAUGUAAAAAAUUCUGAAUCAGAAGCCAUCAGCUAUCCUACAAAAGCCACCGAUUCGUCUAAAAUGGACUCUGAUAUAGCAGACCUUACUUCCUCCCAUAAUGUUUCAGGACAAAACCAUACGAAUGAUAUGAAUAAUACAAGCAGACGUUUAAUGCUUUAUGCUAGGUCAUUAGAUCAUACAAGUGAAGUGGCUGAAAGGUCUCUACGCUCCCGUAGGGUCAAUCGACGAAAUAAUUCGACAACUACCAACAAAAUGGGAAGGAGUGCUACUCCCAAUGUUCAAUCAGAGAACCAUGUGCCAGUAAAUACUUCUGCUUUACAUUCUCCUCCAUCGACUAGAGUCUCACGUCUACCCGAUUUAUCUUUACCGCCAGAAACAGAGUCUGAUGUGCCGGCGAGUAUAUCCAGAGAAGAGUUCAAUAAGUUUAUAGCUGAGAUGAAAGCAAGCCGAUCUGGUAUAUUAUUCGACGGCUCUGGAACUGCUGAAAAUUGUCAGACAUCGAAAAAUGAAGAAGGCAUCUGCAUUCCUCUUACAGAAUGCAAAGAAGCCAUGGAAAAACUCAGGAGAGAAAUACCUCGUAUUUGUAGAUGGAUCGGGGACAUGCCAGUAGUUUGUUGCCCUAAAAUUUCAAAGCCUAGAAAGUUAAGUGUGCCUGGUUGUGGCACACGAAUUGUCAGAGGAUUAAAUAGAAUGGUCCGACAAGUUCCUCGAAUGAUUCCUGCAAUUCCACCAACCAAAUCGGACAAAAAACCAGCAGUAGCCGGAGGUGUAGAAUCAGUUGUUGGAGCUUGGCCAUGGAUGGCUGGCAUCUACACAAGGAAUUUCGGAAUCGAAAACUUCUUAUGCGGUGCAGCUGUCAUUAACGAGAAACACCUGGUGACAGCAGCUCAUUGCUUCCAAACAAGCGGGAGAGGGCGAGUGCAGACUGCUAGAUAUGUCGUUCGAGUAGGCAGCAUAAAAGCUAUGGAAGGAUCUCUUUACCUCAUUGACUCUAUCAUCAUUCAUCCUGAAUAUAAACGAAGAGAACAUUACAACGAUAUUGCUGUCAUCCGUCUCAAAGAUUCGAUGGACUUCUCAACAAACGUCCGGCCCAUCUGCUUGCCUAACUCAUCCGAAAUCCGUGGCAAAAAGCUCAAAGGAAGGGACGUUACCGUAACUGGAUGGGGAGAUCUAGAAUUCGGCGGACAGAGAGCUAGUAUCUUGAGAGAAGUCACUGUUAAAGUUAUGGAUCUACCAUCCUGUAACCAAUCGUACGCAGACAUGAGAGGCACGACGAUUCCUCAAGGGCUUACUUCUCAGUUCAUUUGCGCGGGUGUGCCAGAGGGUGGAAAGGAUGCCUGUCAGCGGGAUUCUGGAGGCCCACUCAUGUUAUUCGAAAACGGCGCUUGGCAUUUAGUCGGGGUAGUUUCGUUUGGCUACCAGUGUGCCCAAGCUGGUUAUCCGGGUGUUUAUACCAGAAUUACCAGCUAUCUUCAGUGGUUAGAAGAAGUCACGGCUGGAUCUUAAAAGAACAAAAGGAAAUUAAUUAAAUUUCCUAAAAGAAAGUAUCUGUGAUAAAUUUGUGGGAAGGCUAAUUUGUGAAAUGCAGUAAUAUUUCUUAAAGAACACCGAAUACUAAAGUGAUCUAAAUCCUGUAUAUAUUCGCAGAUGAAAGAUUUUGAUCAAGAAUGAAAAUUGGUGUAAAUGUGUAAAAGAAUCUAUAUUGUUGAUAUGUAUAAAACAUAAUUUAUACAGAAGUUAUAAAACAUUUGAUCUAAAGCUUUCAGAGGUAGCUUUUAGAUUCCAAAGCUACAGCCAACGCCGUCUCCAGCAUUUCAGUACUCAAGAUAGUCUGUGCAAUUGGCGCAUCCUAUAAAUUGAAUGCUUUAUUAAUGGAAGAGCAAUGUAUUUUAAUUUAAUUGUUUCUUGUGAAUAAUAAAAAACUCAACUCCUGCCUUAUGCAA